GCCCCAACAUCUCACCCACUGCCACGUGCGACGUCGAAAAUCACACGCUCCAGCCGCCCCUCAUCGUCGACAAACCCUACCCCCCACGCCACCCUCUCUCUCUCUCUAUCCUCAUCCCCGCCGCCGGAAUCCAUGAACUCCGUCAACCCCUACCUGCCCGAUCCCUAACUGAACGUCAUUCUGAUGGUCGAUUCCGUACGGAAGCACUAGAAGAAUACGGGUCACAAAGCCAUGGAGGGCUCUGUGGAGGAUCUGGGAGCUCCUCCGGAUUCGUGGGAGGUGGCCGACAUGGAGGCCUCCCUUGGCAGGUUGAUUCUAUCUUCUUCUUCCUCCUCCAAGAAAGACUCUUCUUCUGCUCCGCUUUCGAACGCGCCGCCGCCGCCGUCUUCUUCUUCUUCGUCGUCGAGCUCUGCUUUUCGUGAUGGUUCGGGUCAGAGAAUUGGGGGUGUUGCCGAGGACGUCGUCAACUCGGUGGACCAGUUUCUUCGCGAAGCUUUGCAAAAUCCUCGUGAGAGGAUUUCUGUUCUAAGGAUUGAGCAAGAUGUUGAAAAGUUUAUUUUAGAUCCAACUCAACAGCAAAUGGAGUUCCAGCAACUUCCAACUUCCUAUCUACGGUUGGCUGUACACCGUGUUGCCCAACACUACUCACUGCAGUCUACAGUUUUGUUGGACAAUAAUUUACCUGAUGGUUCUGGUUCCAGAAUUAUUGUCCACAAGACUGCCGAGUGCCGGCUUCCUUCAAUUCGUUUGGCAGACAUCCCUGUGAGCUUGCCAUCAGAAGAGAAGGGUGCCGUCAAAGUUGCUAUUAAGCAGAGACCACAGAAACGGUCACCAGCUGUUAGCAGCGCAAAUUUGCAUUCCAUAAAGGCGAAUAACUCGAGAAGUGUGGAAGAGAGGAAAGAAGAAUACAAUAAGGCUCGUGCUCGGAUAUUUAACUCUAGUAGUUUUAGUGGGGUUAGUGGUGGGAUAACAGAAAAUGUACCAAGGUCACUGGAUAAUAUCCAGACUAAUACGUUGGGGAUAUCAAAGGUGGAAGAGAAAUCUGCUCCAGGAGGAUCUGAUAUUAACAGUGGCAGGGGUUUGGUAGAUUCUUCAACAAGUAACAGUAGGUUAGCUAGAAGUAGGGCAGAGGAGCCAGUUGGUACAUCUAAAACUAACAACAGGGUUGCUAUUUUUCGGGACCGUGAAGUUGAACGCAAGGACCCUGAUUAUGAUCGAAACUACGACAGAUACCUACAAAGAUUUGACCCUGGAUUUGGAUUCAAUGGAGGACCAUACACCAUUCAACCUAUGUACUCCCCCGCAGUGAACUACAACACGGAAUUCCCACAACUUGGAUCUGGUCAUCAGCCUUCUAUAUCUUCUGAACACCACCCUCGGCCAAUCCCUCAACAUCUACCCGGUUUAUGGGCUCCACAGUCGACCCCUGCUGGAAUUAGUUAUGGUCAUCUUGAUGUCAUGAUGACCCCUUUCAGUCACAAUCAUGUUGGUGCACGCUCCACCUCUGCCUUAUAUUUGCACUCAGCUCAAUAUCCUUGCCAGCACCCUGGAAUGCCGUUCAUCAAUCCUCGUGAACAGGUUCACCAAUCCUUCUCACAGCAACCUGAUGCAAGUUUUGGAUUAGCCCGGCCCCGAUAAGGGGCGGGCAAUGCCUGCACCUUGCCAAGUGAACCAACUUUAUGGAGUGCAACCAUGUGUAAACCCAGCUGGCAGGUGUGCAGGCAUAAGCAGCCGAGGU